AUGUCCACCGCUGUUACUGGAAGAGAAAGCAGCAGAGGUAAUUAUUACGUCAUAGACAAGUCAUUGAUGGACAUUUUGAGGAAAGUACUAGUAUGUGGAGUAACCCCACCGGUGUGCGCUUUUGGAAUCGUGGGUAAUAUCUUGGCUCUAAUUAUUCUGGUCCGCAGCAAACCAAUUCGAUCCACUACAAUCGUACUCAUCGCCAUCGCCAUCGCCGAUCUUGCGUACAUAGCAUCGACAAUCGUCAACGUUACCAGCUUAACUGUAAGAAUGUUUGAUCCAGAGAACGCGUACAAAGUAACACUGAAAAUUAUAAUUCCAUUCUCAGUAUAUCUCAGUCCACUUCCGGGCAGGAUUUCUAACUGGCUUGUUGCUCUCAUUUCCAUGGAACGUCUGGUUGCUGUUACGAAACCUUUAAAAGUAAAACAAAUAUGUACAAAGAAGAUGAUGCUUGCUUUGUCCAUUGUCCUCCCCUUGUCUGUUGCCGUUCUCACCGGCCCUAAGCUUUGGUUGUAUGAAGUUAAAGAAGUAACUCUUCCUGACGGUAAUGUGACGAAAAAAAUUGCCCUUGGUUUCAUUGGUCGACAGAAGAAACUGUGGGAAGUGUAUUAUAUUGUUUCUGAAACUCUAUUGCGAUUUGUACCUAUGGGUAUGAUCAUCUUGUCCAAUAUUAUCAUUAUAUUUGUUACUUGUAUACAUGCGAAGUGGAGAAGGCAGAAACAGAACUACGCCGUGGGGAACCAAUCAUCUGGAGAUGAAAGACAGAUUACAAAGACACUGCUUACUGUAACUUGUGUCUUCGUCGUCUGCUUGAUGCCAUCAACUAUUUCACGCUUAAUGGUUCUCUUUGACCCCAACAGCUCUUACUACAGAUACAGUUCUAAUAUUUACAGUUUAUUGAGUUUAAUCGGGCUUACCAUGGAAGCCACUAACUCAUCUAUCAAUUUUGUUAUCUAUGUCACCAUGAACAGUGCAUAUCGUCGACAACUUUAUCUCAUAUGUGGCAAGGAAGUCAAAAAGAAACCUUUGCCUAUAACAGUCUGCAGUUCAGCUGCCACAUCCACCACCUCCGUCUGUAAAGGACAAAACUCGACUUCAGAGCUUUCUGUUACAGAUUCAAAGAGAGCAGUACACACAGGCGGAGUUCAUAUGUGA